CGGUCACACUGUUGUCCACUUCGCGCUUUAUUAUUGUUAAAUUGACAAAAAGUACAUGAAACACAUCGGAAAUAGGGAAUCAACAGAUGGCAGAUUUCACCAUGGAUGUGGAAAACAACAACACGCAGCCGCCACCUGUCAUUGCUCCAGGAAAGUGUCCAGAGAAGAGAAAAGCUACAGCGACCUCCGAUGACAAGACAGUGGAAAACAAAAGACUAAAAGAGGACCGCUCCGAUGUGGAUAGUGCCCCUCGCCCUCCACCACAGAGCCCAAAAAAGCGCCUGCAGCUGGAGGGAAAACCGCCCAACAACAAACCCAAGCACAACAAAGAUCUCAAUUUCUUGUAUGGUAACUACAAGCACUACUACGGAAAGCGCAUACUCGAUAAGGACUUCCACGACAUACGCUUGGAUGUGCUGGCCACUCAGCCGGAGCUAUUCCGGGACAAGCAACUGCUCGACAUUGGCUGUAAUUCGGGUCAUCUGUCCAUUGAAAUUGCCAAGAAGUUCGAUGCCAAGAGCCUCGUCGGCCUGGACAUAGACCGCGGUCUUGUGAAGGAUGCUCAAACGACGAUCAGCUCCCUGAAGCGUCUGGCGGCUCCAGGGUCUAGGUUUCCCUACAAUGUGAAAUUCGUGCAUGGCAACUACGUGCUGGACGAUGAUGUUCUGCUGGAGAUAGAGUGUCCCCAGUUCGAUGUGAUAUUGUGUCUCUCGGUCACCAAGUGGAUUCACCUUAACUUCUGUGAUGCCGGCCUGAAGCAGGCUUUCCGCCGCAUGUUCCUGCAGCUGCGUCCGGGCGGCAAACUCAUCCUAGAGCCUCAAUCUUUCGACGGCUACAAGAGACGUAAAAAGCUAUCGGAGAGCAUCAGAGAAAACUACAAUUCCAUCGUAUUUCGACCUGAGCAGUUCCCGGAAUAUCUGCUUAGUCCAGAGGUGGGCUUCGCCAGUAUGGAGCUGAUGGGCAUACCUGAACACUGCAGAACUGGCUUCAAGCGGCCCAUUCAGAUAUUCACAAAAGUGUAGUUAUCUUACGGCAAACAAACUAGAAGGCGAUUAAAUCCUGACAGCGUCCAGAAAA